AUGGCGCCUCCAACUGGGCACCUGCUGCUCCCCAAGAUAUGGAGGGCAGCAAGGUUCGCCUACGCGAAGGCUUCAAAGGCCAUUCGCAACAAGUUCCCAGAACAAACACAAUACAAUUCAGUGCACUACCAACCGGCUUAUGCCCGAAUCAACCGCCAGCCAAUUAGCCGUGUCGCGGCCAUCCGUCAAGCCCGUAGCCGGCACUUCUCCACUCGCGCUGCCGGUGCCUUCGCUGCCGCCAUUCGAUCCGGCCUUGGUGCUGAGGCGCCCGUCCGCAGCACAUCUCGAAUUGUCUCCGGCAUUAGUCGGCUCAGUGGUCGCGCCCCGUUCGCUUCGACCCUACGUCCUAACCUUACAGGUGGUACUUUGGGCCGAACUGCAGGUGGAUAUGCCAUCGGGGCUGGCCGUUUUGGGGGAGCUAGAUACUUCUCCCACGGCCCAGCCGCACCAGCACAAGUCAUUCAGAAUGUCUCGCAAGGCGUGCGUGCUUUCUUUUUGUCAGGCCAGAAAGCCCGGUUUGAUGGCAUUGACCCUCGCACCGGCGAGAAGCGCUUCAAGGCGGUUAGCUCACUGCAGGACCAGGCAGAGCGCAAGAUGAAUGCCGUGCCCCGCACUGCAUCUGGAUCUUUCGUCGACUUCCAGGUCUCCCCCACUAUCACUGCUCUCAGUGCGCUCGGUGGUCAGGAUGGCUCUGCACCCACUCUCAACUCCGAGGGUCUCAUGGACCUGCUAUCUGCUGACUUUGCACGUGCAUUGAAGGACUUUGCCGCUGUCAUGAACGACCUGAAGCGUAUUUCUACCCUCGGUGACCUCCCAAUCGUACUUCACGACCGAUCCACCAUCCGCGUUCACUUCCCAGGUUGUGACUCGGAGACCGUCGAACAGCUCUGCGGGGAAGUCGGUGUUCAGCGUGGUCGAAUCGGACAAGAUGAGGAAUUUGAUAUCCGCACUGGUGCCGAUCUUGCUCUGUUGUUCCCCUUCGCGCCUAGUGUCGCCCCUGCCUCCGAUACCGAUUACUUCUUCGAGAAAGCACCCAAGCCACAGUCAUUUGCAGAUCUUGACUGGCAGGGGAUGAUGACCGGUGAAAGCUGCGCACCUUCAUCUCGUGACUCGGGUAACGCCAUCAGUUUUGAUGACGGUGAGCUCUUCGGCGCCAAUCCCUGGAAAUCAUCGUCUGCAAGCUAUUCCAGCAUCAACAUUAGCGAGCUUGGUGACAAUCCUUUCUUCCCAGAAGUCUCCAGCGCUGGUCAGCCGGAGACUACCUCCGCGUACGACGGUCCCGACGGCAUCUACAAGUUUUUGGCCGAGUGUGAUCAGGCUCAGCGCUAG